AUGGUUGGCCUAGGGCCGAGUGAUCAAGGAUGUGAUUCCUUCGAUGUGUGUGUGGUGGCACGUGAAAUUACACCGAGUGCGGUCGGCCGUGAGAGCACCGCACUGAAUGUCGGUAAUGACAUUUUUGGCGAUACGCCAUAUAGUGUGGGCGGCCGUGACGGCACCACGCUUAACGUCGGUAAUGGCGUUGUUGGCGAUUCGCCACAUAGUGUGGGCGGCCGUGAGGGCACCACACCUACUGUCAGUAAUGAUAUUGUUGGCGAUACGCCGUAUAGUGUGGACGGCCGUGAGGACACCACGCUUAACGCCGGUAAUGGCGUUGUUGGCGAUACGCCGCAUAGUGUGGGCGGCCGUGAGGGCACCACACCUAAUGUCAGUAAUGAUAUUGUUGGCGAUACGCCGUAUAGUGUGGACGGCCGUGAGGGCACCACGCUUAACGCCGGUCAAGACAAAAGCUCUCGUCUCGAAGAGACGAUCGAGACGCCGGGUAGCUACUUUUAA